AUGGCGUCCAACUCCAUCAAAGAAUCCCCCAGCAAUGUGCCCGUGGCUCCACCACCAGCUACAACCAUCCUACAAAACCCCUACAUCCGCCCCGCCCUCCCGUUUAUCAACGGUGGCCUCUCCGGUAUGACCGCGACAGCAGUAAUUCAACCAGUGGACAUGGUAAAAGUCCGCCUCCAACUCGCCGGCGAAGGUGCAAAGACAGGCCCCCGCCCCUCCGCCUUUGGAAUCACCCGCGAUAUCAUCGCCGCCGGUAAAUUCCAAGAUCUAUACACCGGCCUCUCAGCCGGUCUCCUCCGCCAAGCAGUCUACACAACCGCCCGCCUAGGCCUCUUUGACACAUUCAUCAAAUCCCUCAACGCAAACGCGGAAUCAGCAAACCGUAAAGUCACUUUCGCCGAGCGCGCGGCCGCAGGCCUUACAGCCGGUGGUGUCGCCGCCAUGAUUGGAAACCCAGCUGACCUGGCGCUUGUCCGGAUGCAAUCCGAUGGGUUGAAGCCCGCCGCCGCACGUGCCAAUUACCGUUCUGUCUUCGAUGCGCUGGCUCGCAUCCCCAAGGCUGAGGGUAUCGGUGCGCUGUGGGCUGGUGCUCUCCCCACGGUGAUCCGCGCAAUGGCGCUCAACAUGGGCCAGUUGACUUUCUUCGCUGAGUCCAAGACACAGCUGAAGCAGCACACGAACCUGUCAGCUCAGAAUCAGACUUUCGCUGCAAGUGCGAUCGCGGGUUUCUUUGCUAGUUUCCUUUCUUUGCCGUUUGAUUUUAUCAAGACGCGUUUGCAGAAGCAGACUAAGGAUCCGAAGACGGGGCAGAUGCCUUAUCGGGGUGUUCUUGAUUGCGCAAGGAAGGUUGUUGCUGAGGAGGGUUGGAUGCGGUUUUACCGUGGCUUUGGUACUUAUUACGUGCGGAUCGCUCCUCAUGCUAUGGUGACCCUCAUCGUGGCCGAUUACCUCAACCUUAUUACCAAAUAG